AUACUGGAGCGCUGUGCCUGUAUCUUACCUACCGAGGGCGUGCACGAGAACCACUCUAACACCCGAGUACCCACCGACAAGUGACAUAAACACGCUCCAGAACACCGGUUUACCGUGACCUAUUGUGCUUUGCUGUAGAUACUCUUGUUUGUUUUUCGUCGCGUCCGCUCUCCGGUUUCCUGUGGUUCCGAUUAAUUUUUUUUAUCCCUUUUCCAACGCAAGUGUUCCGAAGGAGGAUACCGUCCAGCAGUGUCCCGAAACAGACGGAGAUACAGAUUUCUGUGGUCAUGAUGCGCCGGCGGUUGAGUUUCAUCGGCAGUGGCGAGUGUUGCGAACCGGGCGCGCUCACCGAGUGCAUCGUCGAGUCCGACAUCCAGCGGCAGAUACGCGACAGGUUCGACGAAGAGUGUCCGUACUCGUUGACUAGGAAGUCGGUACGGAACAGCCCUCGGGCCCGGAACUGCAACUCGCAAGUAUGGCAGGUGGCUGUCAACACGGUGGCCAAGAAGCGCGACACGCUGAGGCGUAGCGUCAGCUCGGUGUUCAGGUCCAUGAACAAACUCAGGACUGGAUUCAAAGUGGCCGCUCAGAAAUUACGACCAUCGACUAGACGUCGCUUCAAAUUGGACGAGUCACCUUUGACUCCCAACACACCUAGAACACGGUCCAAGUGUUUGUUGGGCAGAACACCUACCAAGAUGUAUAGUCCUUUUGCUAUUGAUACGCCACCGUCGUUGCGUAGACGAUUUGCUUAUAGAAGAAAUAAAAAUAUUGAAACUGAAAGUAAUAAAUCAGUGAAUGGGAAAAGUGAAUCUAACAGUUAUGGAAUAACAAAUAAUGAAAAUAAGCAACCAAACAUUAAUUCAAAUAAAAAAGAUGAAAAUUACGGAAGCUUAAUUUAAGUAUUAAUUGCUUAAGAGUACUGCACACUAUUGUAUUUUUUGCAGAAAACUUAUUAAAAGUAUACUGUUUUUGUAUACUGGCUAUGUUGUUUUUGCAUAACACAUUUUACGUAUUAUUUUUGUAUUAUCUAUUUUAAUUUUUAAAUAUUUAAAUUAAUGUUCCUUUUCAAUAUAAUUAGAAAACAU